CCCCUUCGGCGGCACUUUUGGCCUCGUCCUUCCCUCCCCGCUCUCCUCCCUCCUUCUCUGUCUCGCCUGGCGGGGCUAUGGCCGCUUCCAAUGCCGGUCGGCACCCGCAAAAUGUUGGCUGUCGAACUCUGUCCUUGUCUGCACAUGUUGGGUUUGAUAGUUUACCUGACCAGCUGGUUAGGAAAUCCAUCAAGCAUGGCUUCUGCUUCAACAUUCUUUGCAUUGGGGAAACUGGAAUUGGGAAAUCAGCCUUGAUGAGCAGUUUGUUUAACACCAAUUUUGACAACUCUCCAUCAACACAUUUUCUGUCAAGUGUGCGACUUAGAACCCAGACUUAUGAACUCCAGGAAAGUAAUGUUCUUUUGAAGCUGACCAUUGUAAAAACACUGGGGUUUGGUGACCAGGUGAACAAAGCAGAUAGCUAUCAGCCAAUAGUGGAUUAUGUAGAUGCACAAUUUGAAGCCUAUCUCGAGGAAGAACUGAAAGUUAUACGUUCUUUAUUUAGCUACCAUGAUACUCGCAUCCAUGUCUGCCUCUAUUUCAUUUCACCUACAGGCCGCUCCCUAAAAACCAUAGAUUUGUUAACUAUGAGAAACCUAGACAGUAAGGUGAACAUUAUACCAGUUAUAGGCAAAGCAGACAGCAUUUCUAAAACUGAGCUACAAGAGUUCAAGAAAAAAAUAAUGAGUGAAUUAGUUAGUAAUGGCAUCCGGAUAUACCAGUUUCCUACUGAUGAUGAAACUGUUUCUGGGAUUAAUACUAUGACAAAUGGUUAUUUGCCAUUUGCUGUGGUAGGAAGUAUGGAGAAGGUGAAAGUUGGAAAUAAAAUGGUGAGAGCUCGUCAAUACCCUUGGGGCAUUGUAAAAGUGGAAAAUGAGAGCCACUGUGACACUAUAAAGCUUCGCAGGAUGCUUUGCACCAAUAUGGAAGACUUAAGAGAGAAGACUCGUGCAUAUUAUGAGUCAUACAGAUGCUGCAGACUGGAAAAGUUGGGUUGCAGAGACAUUGGCCCUGAGAAUAAAUCGAUCAGUCUACAGGAAGUCGUUGAGGCAAAGAGGCUCGAGUUCUGUCUUGAAAAGGAAGAAAAAGAAAAGAAGAUUAAGCAACAAUUUAUGCAGAAAGUGAACAAGAAAGCAGCAGUGUUGGAAGAGGCAGAGCAACAGGUACUGACUAAAUUUGAGCGUCUUAUGCUAACGCAUCAAGAAGAGAAGCUGAAACUAGGGGAAAAGAAAAAAAUUCUAGAAGAUGAAAUAGCUCAGUUUAUCGAGAAGAAAGCUAUCACUGAAUCGAUUCUGUCACAAGUGUCUGUCUCCACCCCUGUUGUUAGUUUGAAGACACAGGGACUGCAAAAAAAUCAAGAUUUUCAACCUGAAGUCCAGUGCUUUUGUGUCAGAGAUGAAGGAACUGUGAAUGUUGGAGAGCAGAGUGAGAGGGAAAGUGAGAAGGAAAAGUUAGAAAAAGAAAAUUCAUCCAGGGAAUUUCAAGAAUAGUAUUUGAUUGCAGCACUCAGGUUUUGAAUGUAGGAUAUGUUAGUAGUUUUAUGAAGUGGUCUAACUGCUGUUGUCCCAUAUUAGAUGUGUCUUCUCAGUACAGAUUUUUGAGAGGAGAGAUUGAUAAAAUUGGCUGUAAAUACACGAAGUGUGGAAUAUGAGCAAAUAAAGAUUCAUUUUCUACCCACCCACUUCUUUCUUUCACUACUCUCAAAAGAAAAACUUGAAUAAAUUGUGAAAAUUCAGAAUAUUCAGAAUAACACGCCCAUCUGAUUUAUAUUAAAAACAUGGAAUUGAAUACUCAUAUAUUAAAUUACAUUGACUUAAAUGUUUCUCCUCCAGAACCAGAAAUCAAUUAACUUACUCAUUUUCUUUCCUGAUAGCUUACAAAUUUACUGUAAAUUUACUGUAGAUAGCAUUUUGUUAAUUAAUAACUUCCUGCAGUUGAAAACAGAUUUCUUGGUUCUGAGUUUAUUUAUAACUUAGAUUCUGAAGAACUUUAGAAGCUACAUUGGUGCACAUAUUUCCACAGAUAUUAUCAGCCUUUGACAUUUUUGGGAUGUAUGCUAGAAACCAAAUUUGGCCAAAAUUUAUUGCAUUUCAACUACUGUUACUGAAUUCCUUUUCCUAGAUUCCUUCUUUCCUGGAUCUACAUAUGAAAGUGGAAUUAUUGGUAACAAAAGUCAUUAUAUGUACUAUGUAUGAGUAACUCCUCUGGUUUAGUUUUAUUUUUUCAGAGUAUGUUAAGUUUAUAUGCUUGCUGUGGUUUUUCAGUUCCAGCUUUAUGUAAUACUGAUGACAGAAGAUGCAAUAUUGAUAAUUUCCAUGAGGAAGCAGUGAUUCAUGGUGUGCUCUUGAAGGUGUAGGAGUUCCAGUUUCUUACUAAUACCUGUGGCUAAUAUCUCUUGUUGCAAAACAAUAAUUUUUAAGCAUGAUCUGUACAAACAUUGUGGUGGUUACUGUCUCUGUCACCAUAGUCUUUCUGUUACAGCUCUGUCUUGAUACGUGUUGGCCUUACUUAAGUGUGGUCAGCUUGUUUUAAUUUUAAAUUGUGCCAAAGAAGGUGUCCCUGCUGUAAACAGUUCCAUUCAGACUAUGAAUAGAGUUGUGCAAGAGUAUUUGGUGAAUAUAUCCACUACAAGCUUCCUAAAGAGUUCUUUUCAAAUUGUAUUAUUUAUUAGUCCACUAAGUGUUAUUUAAUACAACUCUUGACAUAUUUGAGCCAUUUGAUUGUGCUGACAGGUUUUUCUUUAUAGGCUUUUAUGUACAAGCAGUGUUCUAAAUUUCAGAUACAGUCUUUUUAAUCAAAAUUUACUGAGAUAUUUUUGCAAUGCUGAACUGUUGCAGAUAGUUCAUCUGAUAUUACUAACUCAGUAUGGAAAGCACCUAUAUUUGAUGUUUCUGAGUGUGGUAUUCAGUUACAGUUGAAGAUUUACAAAAACUCCAGGUUUGUUCAAACAAGUUCUAAGUGCUUUGUAUGUUUUCAGUAGUCAUGAUAACUAAUGGGAAACUGUAAGAGGUGCAGUGUUCUCUGGAGCUGGGUUGUUUGACUGUUUAAAAAUGAAAUACUAACUUGACAGAAAUAAAAUGGUUUGGUUUU